AAACAUACACAAUGCAUUAUUAUGGUGGUGGUGGUCGUUGUAACAGACGGCGACGUACGCGUGAAACGGACCCCGACCGGCGAGCUGUGAUGGGUCGGAAGCACAGGUACUUCGGCCUUCUUCUUGCAUCUUUCAUCCUGGCUGGAUGUUGUUUGGGCGCCAUGAUCGCAUGUGGGGUCUCCAUCGUCCAACCGAUGGUAGAGACCAACUCUUUGGAGUUCCAGGAGACCACCUGUACAACAACCAAUGCUAACUUGACUGGUGAGGAGGUUGACUGCAAGUGCGGUAAGCACUGUCACUCGGAAUACCCCUGCCUGCGUAUCGACGUGUCGUACGCAGAUAAAGACGGUACCACAAACAGUGGAGUCCUGUUCGAAACUGAAAAGAGGCUGCACAAAGGUGGAGAAAAAGACGAGGACUCCCAGUGUGUGGUUGCACCUUGUGACCGCAGCAGGAGAGAUAACGAGGAUGCAGUCUCGAGAUUUCAAGCCAACUACCCUGUGGGGAGAACCUUUAAGUGCCUGUACAACCCUGACAACACACAGGAAGUCCUGAUAAAACGGCUGUACACGUGGAACGACAUGUUCCAUUCCAUGUUUUGGAGCACCCUUGGGUUCGUCAUCUUCAGCGGCCUCCUCGUGUACUUCUUCUUCAAGUGUCGGAGGGCACGUAGUGAGCUGGCCACCAUGCCGAUAGUGAUUCCGCCACCAGGUGCAACAACAGCACAGCCCGGGGAGUUCCUGCCACCCCCAUACCCAGGGGCACAGACCCCCUACCCCCAGGCGCUACAGCCACCACCUUACCACACCAUCGACUCCAAAGACGAGAAGACAGGGUUUACAUUCAACUGAAUCUACACAAUCAUCUUUUUACCUGAUAGUAGUUUCCUUCAAUUCCCCACAUUGUUUUUUUAUCUAACGUUAAUUGUCAGACCUUUAGAUGAUCUUCCUUGUCACUGAGUAGUUAUGGUGGAAAGGGAUUCUUCAGUGCAGAUGUGCACAAUUAUUGUUCUUCAAGAGAUACAAAACGCGUACUAGAUAUACUACACCAAAUCUUAAGGAUUUGGAAGUCAGAGUGUAUUUGUAAUAUUGAUGCUGAGAUCAGUGCCUGAAGGAGCUAUAACUUAGGAAAUAAGCUAAACGAAACAUGUUUUUACACGCAGAAUUUGUACAUAUACUGAGUGAUUGCAUAUAGCAGGAGAACCAUUGUACAGAAUAAUCCUUUGUCACGCUGGACAAUCAAACUAUUAGCUAGCUUAACAAAGUGAUUGCUUUUUUACCCCCAUGUUGUUUUCUUUAUGACCAAGGCUUUGUCAAGCUACAAUUACAAAAUUACAGAACAUCGAUAUAUCUUUUGAUUUGAAAUGGUUUGCAUCUGUACAUUUUUAUUUUCAAAUUGCUUUGUUCACUUUCACAGAUAUAGAAAUGUAAAGGCAUUGGUCACAGUACUAGCCAGCAAUAUGUAAAUUUAUCGUACAAACAUGGUACUUAGAGAUAUAAGUUGCUAUAUUACAUGUAAGAAUUAAUGUACUUCAGCAUGAUAUUAGAUUAAAUGCUAUAAAGAUAAGGGCCUGUGUAUGAUAAACGCUGUUUUUUGUGAAGCCUAUGUAGAAUUGAUUACUAGUAUAUGCUGUUUUCUAUUAAUUGAUCUAAUCAGCACAGCAUGUCUUUAUAAUGGCCAAAUUAACUGUAAUUUGAUUUAGUGGUGAUGCAAUCACAAAACAGUUGAAUGCAUUUUGAUUGAAACGCUUUUGGUUUAACACAGAACAGAUGGUUUCUACAAUUGAAUGUCGUGGGCUUAUACUGUUAGUAGUGGUAAUUAUAAUAUACUGUAUGUACAUAUGUUUUACAUCUCAGACCCAUGGUCUAAUGCUAAUUAAUAUCAAUAACUAUAAUUUGCACUCAUUCGUUGUACUUUUAUCUGGCAAUGGGAAAUAAAGGUUUGUUUGUGGUAAUA